UUGAAAUAAAAAUCUUCUCCUCCCGUCACCGCUUCUCUUUCUUCCUUCUCGUUUCUCAUCUUUUUCUCUUCUCUCACUAAAAACAAAAGAGAACCCGGACCUCCAAAUCUCAAGAGAGACUCUCCUGUUCUUUGAUUACCAAUUCGACUUGGUUUAUGAGCUCGAAGGAGAAACCCACUCUUGGUGGCACGCGGAUUAAGACCCGCAAACGGAAUAUUGCAGCGUCGCUGGACCCUGCAGCAUUUUCGGAUGCAGUGGUCCAGAUAUAUCUGGAAAAUGCUGGUGAUUUGGUUGUUUUCACAGGAGGCCGUACUCAACCUGGCACAACAAAACCUGAUGAGGGGGAGCGACAUCCUUACUCGUUUCUAGAUUGCGAGCCUAAGCGGGAGGCUGUUCUACCUUCUGUGAUUUACGUACAGAAGGUUUUACGCCGGAGACCAUUUCUCAUAAAGAACCUUGAAAAUGUUAUGCGGAGGUUCCUUCAAUCGCUGGAACUCUGUGAAGAAGAUGAAAGAAAGAAGCUGGCAAUUUUCUCCGCACUUGCAUUCUCCCAGAAACUAUCUGGACUUCCACCAGAGACUGUCUUGCAACCCCUGCUCAAGGAUAAUCUUGUGGCCAAAGGGAUAGUCCUUGCAUUUAUAACUGACUUCUUUAAGGAAUAUCUGCUAGACAACAGUCUUGAUGACCUGAUAUCCAUCUUGAAGAGGGCUAAAAUGGAAGACAAUCUUCUAGAAUUUUUCCCUUCUUCAAAGCGAACUGCUGAAGCUUUUUCUGAGCAUUUCACCAAGGAAGGGCUGCUUCAGCUAGUUGAGUACAACGAGAAGAAAAUAUUUGAGGAAAAGCUGAAAGAGAUGAAGUCUGCUUUGACAACUUUGAUAGCCGAGGAGGCUGAUCAAUCAGAGGUCCUGGAUGUUGUGAAACAACGUGUUGCUGAUGCUAAAUUACCUGAAAUUGAAGUUGUUCGAAUUCUGUGGGAUGUGCUGAUGGAUGCUGUUCAAUGGUCUGGGAAGAACCAGCAGCAGAAUGCUAAUGCUGCACUGCGCCAGGUACAUUACUUAUGUUUCAUUGAUGAUUCUUUCCUGUUGCAGGUGAGAACUUGGGCAAACCUGUUGAACACCUACUGCACAAGUGGGAAACUCGAGCUGGAACUCCUCUACAAGGUGCAGAUGCAGUGCUACGAGGAUGCUAAGCUCAUGAAAUUGUUUCCCGACAUAGUUAGGGCUCUCUAUGACCAGGAUGUGCUUGCUGAAGACACCAUUCUUCAUUGGUUCCGUAAAGGAACGAACCCAAAGGGCAGGCAAACCUUUGUGAAGUCCCUAGAGCCGUUUGUGAAUUGGCUGGAAGAGGCCGAGGAAGAGGAAUAAGUCGCUCUGACAGCGACCAAAGCAGCAGCAGUGGCCGGCAGCUGUUUGUAUAAGAAGUGCGAGAUAAUGCUGUUUGCUUAUUUGUAAUUUUUUCUUGGCUUUCUGUUUCAGAGUUGGAUAUUGGGUGUACCCUUUUCAAACAUAACGGUAAACGGUGAUGGUGAUGAUGAUGAAUGAAUGAUGCUGUAUUGCUUUUCAUUAGAGGGGUUGCAUCAAAUUUCCUAAUAGUCUCUGCUGACCUUCAGUGAACAUUUUUACCCACGCCGCCAGGCCGGGCCACCACUUGACUAAACAGUCAAAUCCCUUCAAAAGGUAGAACACAAGUGAAUCAAAUGACACACCAAUGUAUGCACUUAGAAAAAAGUCUCUCAUAGUGUCUGUCGUUUUGAUGAUAGAUUGGUUGGGAU